GCGGAAAUCUGAGUUUUGGGGCGGAUUUGCUGGGCGACUACUUCCCGUUUUCAUUCUAGCUCCGACGCCCGUGUUACUCAAUACAGCGACAAGUAUGCAACUCCUCAAGUGAAGUUAACUUUAGUUUUCAACUUUUGUUUCCACCAUGGGAGACACGGACACUACCGGGGCCUUGAGUCGCAGGAGAAGGGCAACUUUCGCGGCGGGCCGAGGAGGAGCGAGCGUGCAGCUGGUGAACGGGAAGCAUACGACGGCGUUUCAUCGCUUAGUGGUCGCUGCUGAUGGAAAAGCAGACAGCGAGCAGGGUAAAGCCGAUCCCUCGUUGGAGAAGACUCGCUCGAAAACAAAGAGUGACAAAAAGAAACGCAACAGUGACAUAAAUGACAGACUAAGCUGUCACAAGCCACAGGAGUCCCUGCUGAGUUCAUCCAGUGGUUUCAAUAACUACAGGGGGAUUCUCAACUGGUGUGUGGUGAUGUUGGUACUUAGCAAUGCUCGCCUCUUCCUAGAAAACCUGUUAAGGUAUGGGGUUCUGGUGGACCCGAUUCAAGUGGUUUCCUUAUUCCUGAAGGACCCCUACAGCUGGCCAGCGCCGUGCCUGAUAAUUGUGUCCAAUGUGUUCAUCGUGGUGGCUCUUUAUAACGAGAGGCAGUUGUCGAAGGGUUCAUUCAGCGAGCGUGUGGGCUUGCUCGUUCACUUUCUUAAUAUGGCUGUCAUGCUAACAUUCCCCGCUGCAGUGGUCCUCACGGUGCCCUCAAUGACCCCAGUUGGCGGUGCCUUCGUGCUGGGUACUUACACCAUUCUCUUUCUUAAGCUCUACUCCUAUAAGGACGUCAAUGUGUGGUGUAGGGAGCUGAGCAGCAUGAAGGCCAAGAAACUGGCGAGGUCACUGUCUUGUCCUUCACCACAAUAUUCUGAUGGCGAUGAACGUAAGGUGUGUUACCCUGGCAACCUCACCAUCAGAGACCUGUACUACUUUGCCUUUGCUCCGACACUGUGCUACGAGCUCAACUUUCCUCGCUCUCCCAAGAUACGCAUGAGUUUCCUCCUGAGAAGACUUUUUGAAAUGCUGUUCCUCAUCCAGAUGUUAGUCGGUCUUACUCAACAGUGGAUGAUUCCCAUCAUUCAAAGCUCCAUGAAGCCACUUGAGGAGAUGGAUCUAUCUCGGAUGACUGAGAGACUCUUGCGAUUGGCUGUUCCCAACCACUUGCUUUGGUUAAUGUUUUUCUACUGGUUCUUCCACUCAUCUUUGAACUUCACAGCAGAGCUUCUGCGCUUCGGAGACAGGCAGUUCUACAAAGACUGGUGGAACUCUGAGACGGUGACAUAUUUCUGGCAGAACUGGAACAUUCCUGUUCACAAGUGGUGUCUCCGGCACUUUUACAAGCCAUUGCUGAGGAAAGGAUUUAGUAAGAUUGUCAGCCAAUCAGCCGUCUUCUUCUUGUCAGCUUUCUUUCACGAGUAUCUGGUGAGUGUCCCUCUGAGGAUGUUCCGACUGUGGGCCUUUAUGGGCAUGAUGGCUCAGCUUCCAUUAGCCUGGCUUGUUGGUCACUACCUGCACGGUAAUUACGGCAAUGCUGCUGUGUGGAUUUCACUCAUAAUUGGUCAACCAUUCGCCGUCCUCAUGUACGUCCAUGACUACUACGUCCUACACUACAGACAAGAAGCGGACUGAUUUUUCACCUCUGUAGACACACGUAAGUAUUUUAUACAAUUUCAACCAGAAGAAGAAUCCAAUUGCAUAAAAUGUUAAGAAUGACACAGUCCGUCCCAUGUUUUUAAAAUGUUGAUUUUGAAUAUGAACACUGCUGUCCUCAUGUAUCUGCUGGGCAGGAUAUCUUCAACUAAACGACACGGCUGACUUAUGGUGGAGGCUUUUACUGUACAUGCAUAUGUGCAGCAAUGAACUCUGGUGACUUUUCGCCAGUGUCCUUCUGCACCUUGUUCUCACAAGAAUUCAGUAGGAAAACAAAAAGCACAACGUACUUUACUAUUGCAGUAUUUGUGCAAACAAGACACCUUAUACUGUGGCAGAUAUGCUGCUCUGGAACACAAUUUUGUCAUGAUAAUACUUUCUUUUGCUGUUUAAGUUGCAUUGCUUUAUUUUCUUUGUACAAAAUUACUUUUAAUUUAAUUUAAACUUUAUUCUUAUGACAUCAGGUUAGAGUUACUUUUUCAAGAGGUCUUUUUUUUGUUGUUUCUUUGCAAAUGCAUUCGUGGGUACCUGUUGCAAUGAUGCCUUUUUAAUGACGUUGAUGUUGAUCAUUUUUUUGAAGUGCCUUUGUGGACAUUAUAAUACUGUACUUGUGUUAAAGGGCUUUACUCUGUCCAGUGUUACUGUGAAAUGAGCACAAAAGCUAAACAAUGUAUGCUGGUAAGUAGGGGUGUCACUAGAUCUCGUGUCAUAGAUCUCGCGGGAUCAGGAAUGUGACAAAAUUUCAGAAAAAACUUUUGGGCACUAGGCCUGAAACGAUAAAAAAUAAUUACUAAAUCACACAAUAAAUGAAAAUGAACUCGAUAAUUUUGCCGGCAUCGAUACAUUGCCAUGUGCAUACGUGUCUGUUUUCCUCGUCUCCCGCCUCCAAACAGGCAGGAAAAGGGUUCACUCUGUGCAUUGGUUUCAGCACACUGGCACGUUUCUUCCAUAGAACUACGGUGUGAACAGAGUGAGCCCUUUUGUCAGUCAGACAGUCUCUUUGUCUCGAUCGGUGGAGGCGGGGCUGUAGCGUACACACAGAGUGCAGAAGAGUGUAACGUAGUAGAAAUUAUAUUAAUAGAUUGCAAUAUAUUGUCAUAUAUUUUUUAUAUGUUUUCAUUGUACUUUUCUUAAAAGUCUUGUUCUCGUAGACCUAAUCUCGUUUAGCAUCUCGUCUCGUGAACUGAGUAUCUGUUGACACCCCUUAUGUUUUUGGGUACAGUUUGUAUUUUUGUAACUGUAUUUUGCUAAUCGGAAUCCUGAAAACACAAUUUUCAUGUUAAGUGUUUCUUAAAAUAAAUGUGAAUUUUAAAAAGAAAAAAAAAGGGUUGUUUUUGUGUUAUCAACAUUUAGCUGGACAAUAAGAUCAAAACCAAAACUCAGAUGACACUUACCUGGACA